AUGCCGGGCAAAGAGCCUCUUAAGAAGAAGGCAAUUGAGGACCAAGUACUAGUGUUUGCUCCAGAUGAUAGAAACAGGGCCCGCAAAUUGUACCAAGUGACAGUCGACGCUGAUCUGGCUGGUCGUGGCUGGAUACACCAAUUCGUCCACCCAAUGUUUGCCUUCAACUCCAGGAAGUCCGAGACUACGUUGGUGGCAAAGGCAUACUUUGACAAGAUCCUUGACGAAUGGAACAGAGUCUUCAAUCCGGAAGAGCAUCUGUCCAUCCUGCCGGAGCGAACACUGAAUGAUAGUGUGCAACGCCUCUUUGGGGAAGUUGUGAAGCGCACGCCCUCUACGAUAAACCUGAUUUACACCGGAGUUGGGAAUGGCCUGCACUUGCUCACGGAGGAUGAACGUCUGUUCAUUACCCCGUUUUUUGAAGUGGCCAAGACCUGGCUUGCAAGCCAACCGUACCUCCUUUACUCACACGCGCAGUACACCAACUAUCUGCAAAAUGCUCUCAUGGACCCUUUGCUCAGGCUGUUCUACACUGUGUGCACGAUCGCAGCACUCAAGAGGGAGUGGAAGGAGGGCGAGGCGCCCAAACCUACCAUCCUUUCUGAAGAGGAACAGUUGGAGGCAGUGAGGGUGAACGAGCAAGAGCCGCAGGAAACAACCAUGCCCACUUCAAUUGGGGAGGGCCACGAGGGAGCUGUGGAAAGAGAGAGAGUGGCGCAAACAGAUGAAG